AGCGGCGGAACCUGCUGGCCUUCCGAGACUAUGUCACCAAGAUCCUGGACCCCACCUACGUCCUGAGCUACAUGGCCCCCUGGUUUAAGGAGGAUGAGAUGCAGUAUAUUCAGGCCGAGAAAAACAACAAGGGUGUGAUGGAGGCUGCUGCACUUUUUCUCAAGUUCCUGUUGGAGCUCCAGGAGGAAGGCUGGUUUCGUGCCUUUUUGGAUGCUCUUAACCAUGCAGGUUAUUCUGGACUUUAUGAAGCCAUUGAAAGUUGGAAUUUCCACAAAAUAGAAAAGUUGGAGGAAUAUAGAUUGCUUUUAAGGCGUUUGCAACCAGAAUUUAAAACCAUAAUUAAUCCAGAUGAGCUCCUUCCUGAAAUAUCUGAAUGUUUAAUUAUUCAGGAUUGUGAAGAAAUUAGACAGGUUUGUUCCAACAAGGGGCCAAUGGCAGGUGCGGAGAAAAUAGUUGAAUGCCUUCUCAGAUCAGACAAGGAGAACUGGCCCAAAUCUUUGCAACUUGCUUUGGAGAGAGAAGAGAGCAAGUUCAGUGAACUGUGGAUUAUAGAGAAAGAUGCAAAAGAAGAAGUGAAAGAUUUCGAGGAUGAGGAAAUAGAAGCUUCCGAAGUACAGAUUUUCUACAAGGAAGAGCCAGAAUGCCAGAAUCUUAGCGAGAACUCGAGCCCGCCUUCAGAAGUGACUCAUAUCAACAGCCCAAUGAAGCCAAGAAAUUACCAACUAGAGCUCGCUUUUCCUGCGUUAAAAGGGAAAAACACAAUAAUCUGCGCUCCUACUGGUUGUGGAAAAACCUUUGUUGCACUUCUCAUAUGUGAACAACAUCUUCAAAAUUUUCCACAAGGACAAAAGGGGAAGGUUGUGUUUUUUGCGAAUCAACUCCCAGUGUAUGAACAGCAGAAAUCUGUGUUCUUAAAACAUUUUGAAAGACUUGGGUACAAAGUUGGAGGCAUUUCUGGAGCAACAUUUGAGAAUAUCUCUGUGGAACAGAUUGUGGAGAACAAUGACAUCAUCAUUUUAACGCCACAGAUUCUUGUGAACAGCCUUAGAAAUGGGACUGUUCCAUCACUCUCUGUUUUUACUUUGAUGAUAUUUGAUGAAUGCCACAACACCAGUAAACGCCAUCCUUACAAUGUGAUCAUGUUCAAUUACCUAGAUCAGAAACUUGGAAGAUCUUCAGACCCACUGCCCCAGGUUAUUGGGCUGACUGCCUCAGUUGGCGUUGGGGAUGCCAAAAACACAGCCGAAGCCACGGAACAUAUCUGCAGGCUGUGUGCUUCUCUUGACACAUCAGUGCUGGCAACAGUCAAAGACAACUUGGAGGAACUGGAGGAAAUUGUCUAUAAGCCCCAGAAGUUUUUCAGGAAAGUGGAGUCGCGGGCCACCGACAGAUUUAAAUGCAUCAUCUCUCAGCUGAUGAGGGACACAGAGAGUCUGGCAGAGAGCGUCUUUGGUGAACUCGGUACCGUAAGUCUCGAAAACUUAUCUCAGAUUCAAAACAGGAAUUUUGGAACUCAGAAAUAUGAACAGUGGAUCGUUACAGUUCAGAAGAAGUGCAAGCUGUUACAGAUGCCAGACAAAGACAAAGAGAGCAGGAUUUGUAAAGCACUGUUCUUGUACACUUCACAUUUGCGGAAAUUUAAUGAUGCCCUCAUUAUCAAUGAGGACGCGCGGACGAAAGAUGCUCUGGAUUACUUGAAAAACUUCUUCAGUAAUGUCCGAGCAGCAGGAUUUGAUGAGAUUGAGCAGGAUCUCACUCGGAGAUUUGAAGAAAAGCUGCAAGAAUUAGAGAGCAUUUCCAUGGAUCCCAGCAAUGAGAACCCUAAACUCAAAGACCUCUGCUUCAUCUUGCAAGAGGAGUACCACUUAAACCCGGAGACCAGAACCAUUCUCUUCGUAAAGACCAGGGCACUUGUGGAUGCUUUAAAGAAGUGGAUCGAGGAAAAUUCUAAACUCAGCUUUCUAAAACCUGAAAUAUUGACUGGACGUGGCAAAACACAUCAGAACAUAGGAAUGACCCUCCCGGCACAGAGGUGUGUACUGGAUGCAUUCAGAGCCAAUGGAGAUAAGAAGAUUCUGAUCGCCACCUCGGUUGCUGAUGAAGGCAUUGACAUUGCUCAGUGCAAUCUGGUCAUCCUGUACGAGUAUGUGGGCAAUGUCAUCAAAAUGAUCCAAACCAGAGGCAGAGGAAGAGCAAGAGGUAGCAAGUGCUUCCUUCUGACUAGUAAUGCUGAUGUAAUUGAAAAAGAAAAAAUAAACAUGUACAAAGAAAAAAUGAUGAAUGAGUCCAUUUUAAACCUCCAGGCAUGGGAUGAAGCAGUAUUUAAAAGAAAGAUUCACCAGAUCCAGAUUCAUGAAAAAUUCAUCAGGGACAGUCAAGGAAAAGUAGAACCUGUACUUGAUAAGAAAAAUAAGAAACUGCUCUGUGGAAAGUGCAAAACCUUUGCUUGUUUCACAUCUGAUAUAAGAGUGAUAGAGGAAUGCCAUUACACUGUGGUUGGAGACACUUUCAAGAAGUCCUUUGUGACUAAAUUACACCCCAAACCAAAACAUGUGGGGAUUUUUGAGAAGAAAGCAAAGGUAUUCUGUGCCAGACAGAACUGCAGUCAUGACUGGGGAAUCCAUGUGAAGUAUAAGACAUUUGAGAUCCCAAUUAUAAAGAUUGAAAGUUUUGUGGUGGAGGAUAUUGCAACUGGAGAACAGAGACUGUAUGCAAAGUGGAGGGACUUUCAUUUUGAGAAGCAACCAUUUGAUGCUGUAGAAAUGGCCAAGUGACCUCAGGACCCCAUUCUGCAGCUACAGGGAGUGGGUGGUCUAGAGUGAGGAGGAGAUCAUCCCCAGUGUGUAAAUCAUGACUCGCUCGUACCACUGUUAAGAUACUUACCUAAGGCUUGUACUGUACUGAAUGUUUAUCACUCAAUUCACCUUCUGUUCAUAGUUAACAGCUUGUAUUACACCAUGUAUGUAAAGCACGCUCGAGGGAAUCAGAACGCUGAAUGCUUCAUAGGCCACUAGAGCUCUAAGGACUUGAGAAGGUGUUGAAGCCUCAACUUGUCUUUCUCUCCUUCCCUUCUGAGCUAACUGCCA